UCUUCAAUCUCUUCUAGAUGUCCAUGCCAGAGAGUUCAGCAGGUUCUGUUUUCUCAUCAAAGACAGAAAACAGAGGCCUUCCCUGGAGGCAGUGGACGAAGAGCAGUUCGAGGGGCUAGGGGACCUGGUGGAGCUCAUGAAAAAGUGCUGGGACCAUGAGCCCCCUAAGAGACCCCACUUCAAGGAAUGCGUCCUUGUGACAGGAAGAGUGUUUGAGAAGCACCAGAAGGGGAUACAGAAUGCCGUCAAUCAAGUACUGCUAAAACUGAACCUGGGAAGUGAGGAGGGAAGUAAAACAUCAGGUGAUGGCACCCCCAGUGUAUCUCCAAGUUCAAAGCCACCUGCAUGUCUAAAAGACAAGGUGAAUAUCUCUGCUGAUGUGAAGACUGGUUCACUCCCUCCAACACAGGAUGUGGCUGAUGGCUUGUCCUCAAAACCAAUCGACAAAGAUCAAGAUGCUACUCCCCAGUCUAGCCAGGAUCAAUCUGCAGUCAUGGAGACAAAGCAGUAUGGUGCCCAAUUUGUGGAUGAUAACAUGGAACAACUUGUUCAAAGGAUUUCCCUGGUGAUGCCAAUAGCAGAUGGCCUGUACCAGAAGAAAAUGAUCCAUUAUGAGGAUUACUCUGAAAUCACUGCGGCCCAAACCAGUAUGGCAAAGAUGAGAAAGCUAUAUGUGGCCCUGCAACCAGGAGGAUCGGUGGCUAAAUCAGCCUUUUACCAAAUUCUACUGAAACAACAAUAUCUUCUAGUCAAAGAACUGGGUGGGGUUGGCCAGAAAUGAAGUCAUAACUUGAGCGGCUUCUACAGUCUUGGUCUGGACGCACUUUUUUUCAAAUCUCACACAUUACUUCAAAAAUAUUGGUCCUUUCACACCACUGUUGUCAAAAUAAAUGUUUUUUUUUUAAA